GAGUUUGGCUGUCUGGCACGCCCAUCACUCUCAACGGACGACUUACCCGCCAUCAACACCUGACCUCUGAACCGAUACCACUAUGCCGGCCACCAUCCUCGUUCCAUCCAAACAAGCCGUGGAAGCCUCCCAAAUUUCCCAAGGCCAAACCCUUGAACUAGCUGGAUGGGGAUUGGUUGGUGCCUUUGUUCGUGCGUGGGCUUUGGGAAUGCAGCGCCGACCGGUUUUGGAAAGACCUCACUUGCACUUGUUAUUUGCUGCGGGCUUUGCCGGGAUUGGAUACUGGGUGUCAAAGAUUGAGAAGGCAGAAUUAGACGCUUUGGAGAGGGAGAGAGACAAGUUGGUCAAGCGACGAAUGCUCCGUUUGCAAGGUGUGCCUCAGUAAUCCAAAGGGACCUCUGCAGAAUACCAUCAUAAUAGUAGCCUUUAGAAAUGUGUGAGAAGCAACUGUUGUGAUUUAGAGGGCCGGAAUGUGGCUCGCGACUUUCAAAUUGCAUUUUCGUCCGUCCAGGUUCAACACGAGAUCAGAUAUCCAAGCCAUCACAACCGCAGAAUGUGCAAUUUUGGCCGUGCGGAUGGAUGUGUGAAUACUUUGCACUGUUUAUUAAUACCAGCUACUCAAAC